UAUUUCGUUUGAAUAUCGCUCGUACUUCCUGAUCUUGCGCGAACGCAAAGCCGCUCUCUUGAAUUCAUUUACAGUUCGUCCUGAUAAUAUGGCCGAUGAAAGAUGCUUUUCGAAAUCCUGUAAUUCACCGCCCGAUGAAGCCAAACCAAGCAACAACAAUCACUCACCCCAAUUGAUUGACACCUCGUUAAUAAAAGGAGCGAAAAUGAUAACAAAGAAUUAUGGCGUAAUUGUUUUACCAGUACGCUUGUUGUCAUUUCAGUUUGUUUAACAAUGUCAAUUAAGGACACAUCUAGCACCCUGCAAUUUGGUUGUUUGCGCAGAAACACUCCCCUCAAGAACGCUGCGCCCAGCUGAGGGGAGUCGCUUAUCAUGAGUUAUUCUCGUGAAAAUCUCCUUUCCUAUCUCGCCAUCUAUGGCUAAUGACCUUCUCUCGAGCGUUAGUUAGGUCAUACUACCCGAUGAUGUGAAAUUUUAACAGCCGCGAUGCCACCUAAAGAACAGAUUGCGUUUUAUGGCUCUUAAGUCUCACGUGCAAAAACAACAGCAUUGCCCACGGAUCAAAUGAUGGCAAUUUACACAGCGUGAUUAUGCGGUCGCCCUGUUGCGUUCUUAACAGGAUAAAGGACAUGAGAUCAUCCUUGACCCGCUCGGAGAUUCUUGAUUUCAUUUAUUCGUCGCAUCCGAAAAUAGCGCUUUAGUGGCCAAAUCGCGCUAUAAACAAACCCAAAUUUUCACGUCUUCGUAAUUCCACUGCAAUCUUCUUCAGACUAUCCACUCGACUGUUUGUCCGCGUGGUUGACAGUUAUUGUUUUCGUAAUGACUAUGAUGAAUGACAGCAGGACAUAAUUCGAGAGCAAAACCCAAGAUACUGGAAAUUCCGCCUUUAGACAAGCGCACAGGCUCGGCUCAUCACACGGUUUGCGUAUCUUUCGCGUCUAAAUUCGCGUGGUAAACACCGUUAGACGCGUAGCCUUUGGACUGCACAUUAUAAACCGGUCAACAGCCGGUUUAUCAUUAGAUGGACCUCUCCGGGUUGCUGUCUCCUAAGGCGAACGCGUUCUCAAUUGCACAUUUGAUAGACGCUUCACAGUUCCCUGAGUUUAUGAACAUCAACAACCGACAGACACAAUCUCCAAUUAUGUUCAACUGGGGAUCCUUCAAGCUUACGAAAGAUAUGGAAGAGAGGCUACGUAAUGCAGGAACGGGGAAAAAGGUAGCUUUUCGGCAGAACUCCACAACGAUUAACAGCGACGCGACAAGAACGGCGUCCGAUUUUCGAAGAGUCGACGAACGAUGUUCUUCCUCGUCUACCCCUCCAAGCAGUCCGCUGUCUUGUUCUUUAGCAAACGUGAAAGUAGAAAUAGAGAUGAAGAAUUUAUGGGACGAUUUCUACGCUUUGGGCACAGAGAUGAUUGUCACAAAAGCUGGAAGGCGCAUGUUUCCGCCGUUCCAAGUGCGCUUACAAGGUUUGGACCCCACGGCUAAGUAUAUCCUAAUGAUGGACUUCAUACCAGUGGACGAUAAACGCUAUCGGUACGCGUUCCACAGUUCUAAGUGGCUGGUGGCAGGCAAAGCAGACGCCAGUGUACCCGGGAGGGUACACAUUCACCCUGACUCACCCUGUACUGGACAGCAAUGGAUGAAACAAGUCGUUUCGUUCGACAAACUUAAACUCACUAAUAAUCUGAUGGAUGACAAUGGACAUAUUAUACUCAACUCUAUGCACAAGUAUCAACCACGUUUUCACGUCGUCCUUGAUAACCAAGAGAAGAGUACCAUGAUUAGCGCCCUGGGAGCGAGCACAGAACACGUUAAAACAUUUUUGUUUCCAGAAACACAAUUCAUGGCUGUGACCGCGUACCAGAAUCAUAUGAUAACGCAAUUAAAGAUAGCGAGCAAUCCAUUUGCUAAAGGAUUUCGUGACUGUGAUCCGGACGAUUGUGUAGUGGAAGUCAUAAAACAAAUAGAGCCAGGAUCAGUAAUGCCUACAGCGAAGCCUCGACUUCAAAGUGAAGUGUACCCUCCGAAGUCAUGUAAUUCUAACCGAGAAGGGGGCGACAGUGUAACAGGGACAAUGUCAAAUGUGACCACACCUCUGGUUCCCAUGAACCGUGUUCUUCCCUCUCUCACAGUCCCCUCCAUUACGGUCCCGGCUUGCACACCCAUCAUGAGUCCAACUAUUACGUCACCGCUAUUCCAUCCACACCCUACCUCCCCUGGAGCAACUACGGCUGUGUACCGAGGCUUCCCGUCUAUACGUGAUCACCGUAGUAUGCCUUAUCCCACACAGUAUCUUAGGUACAAUUCAGGACAGCAAAAUGAUGUACCUGGAUAUCAAUCGCCACCAGGAACCAUUUCCAGUCAAUGAUAAAACGCUGACCAAAUGAGGACUCACACGAAUUUUUUUUUAUAACUGAAAAAGCAGUCUAUGGACAGCCUUGGGGGCAAGUUUACUUACACUGCUUGGAACUCCACUGACCUCUGGGAGGUAUAAGAACGCCGGCUUAGAACUCGCAUCGUCCGAAUAUUACUUAAGAGACAAAAACAGAGUUCGUUUCUUUGUCUUGACGAAAAAAUUUAAAAGAAAAUUCCUAAAUAAAAACAUUUUUCUUCCA